AUGGACCUUUUGGUUUUUCACUGUGUUCCACUUGGGGUUGACAUAGAAGUGUGUGAAUAUAUCUUAACAUGCGUAAAUUUUUUCCGUUCUAUUGAAGUGGUCAGUAGAGACCUAUCUCACGAAAUGAAAGACAUCAUCAUCUCUGACUUCGACGACACGAUUACAUCAAGGGAUACCAUUAGUCUUCUGGGUGAACUACCUUACCUAAUCAACCCACUCUUAAACCCAAAGUGGUCCUACUUUCAGGAUGCUUACAUGAGCAAUUAUCAUAAAUUCCAAAAGAAUCCGCAAGCAUUUGGAGCUCAAUUCGCUGGUGGAAGAACUUUCCCUUUGCUGUGCUCCUCGAAUGAAACAGUAACGAGUGCCAAUUUUUACACCCUCUUUGCUACUGAGAUACGGUACCAGCAAGAUAGAAGAUUAUUGGAAAUGACCAGUACGGAAGAGAUGACGAAACGGGGUUUAUUCAAGGGAAUAACGCAUAGUGACAUAUGCCGUUAUGUAGAGUAUGAUCCACGAAUCGGAGCAUCCCUAUUACGAAAUGGCUUCAUGGAAUUUAUCUCUUCACUUGAUAGCAGCGAAUUUUAUAUAAUUUCUAUCAACUGGUCCAAAGAAUUCAUUCAUGAGGUGGUCGGGACCUCAAAUAUUGAAGCAUCCAACAUUUUCUGCAACGAGCUGAUUUCCCAAAAUGGGAUCUAUACAGGUAAAUUCUCAAAUCAAAUAUUAGCAGGUUCGGAUAAAUUACACGAGUUGGAAAAACUACUUAGAAAGCAUCAAUCUGACGAAACAGAUAAUCGAUUUUGGUAUAUUGGUGACAGUGAAACAGAUCUUUUAUCUAUACUGCAUCCCAAGGUCAAUGGUCUCUUACUGCUAGACCCUGAAUCAGAAAAAAAAAAGCUCAUGAAACUUGCUACCGAGGUUCUUGGAAUCCCAUUAAAUGAGCUAAAACUAUAUGUGCAAGAUAAAAAUGUGCUCCAUAUGAAAUGUUUUAGCAAGGAAAACGGAAACGGAUUUUUUUUGGUCAAAUCAUGGUUCGCAAUACAAGAAUUAGUUCGACCCAGGUCAACGUAA